CACAAUCGGCUUCGUUCGGUGAUUUAUUGAACAUUUCCAAGAUGGCUGCGCCCGUGUGAAAAUGUGAAAAUAAAAUUUGGUUAAGAUUUUGCUUAAAUUCAGAGUCAUUCGGAACGGAAUCACCCUAAAACUGAUAUUGGCAUAUCAAUAGAAUAGAAAUUGAACAGAAAAGCCUACUUUCAAGAUGCAGCAUUCGAAGGUUUUCAUGAAAAAGACCAAGAGAGGGUCAAUUUUGAAAAUCGUACGGGAGCAUUAUCUCCGAGAUGAUAUCUGGUGCGGCUCUUCAAUGUGUAACAUUUGUUUACAUGAAUCAACGCCACUACAGGCCAACCCCAGUAGUGCAAGUAGUGUCUGCCAAUCACCGCAUUAUCUAAUUGUUGAUACUAAUGUGGUGCUUCACCAGAUGGAUGUUCUUGAUGAUGAACACAUCAGUAAUGUGAUUAUUCUCACCACAGUUCUGGAGGAAGUCAGGAGGAGAAGUACCCCUGCUUAUAAACGUAUAAAAGAUCUUAUCACAAACCCAGAGAAACACUUUUAUACAUUUGUCAAUGAGUUUCACAAAGACACCUAUGUUGAAAGGCAGCCCAAAGAGAGCUCAAAUGACCGUAAUGACAGAGCAAUCAGACAAACAGCAUCCUGGUACCAAAGUCACCUGAAUGAACUUGAGGACUGUAACACAAAGAUUGUGCUCAUCACAAAUGAUAGAGCAAACAAAGAGAAGGCCAAGGAAGAAGGCAUAACUGCAUUUACAGUGAGAGAAUAUGUGAAAGGACUUGGAAUCCCAGAGUUGCUUGACAGACUGGCCAAUCUGGACAAAGGCUCUCAGGCUCAUGCUGGAGACAACAUACAAUAUCCUGAACACAAGAGCUUGGCCGAAAUACAAAGAGGGGUGAAGUCUGGCCGCUACAAACAGGGGAAGUUCCAUCUAAGCAGAGAGAACUACUUAGAAGCAAAUGUAAUGGUGAAUGAUGAUGAUAAGGAUGACUCUAACUCCAUAUUCCUGCAAGGGGCCUAUAGUAUUAACAGGUCAGUGUCAGGUGACAUAGUUGCCGUGGAGAUGCUGCCAGAGGAGGAGUGGACGUGUCCCUCAUCUAUGAUGCUAGAAGAGGAGGAAGAAGAGGAGAAAGCAGAUGAGGAGAUUGGCACAGAGGAUGAUCUAUUGGAAAAAGAGUCAAAGGCCAAAGUUAGAAAGAAGAUAGGACCAAAACAACCAACUGGAAAGGUUGUAGGAAUCAUCAAAAGGAACUGGAGGCAAUAUUGCGGCAUCUUACAACCGUCAGUCUUAAAAAGAGCAACGAGACAUUUAGUGAUUCCUGCUGAGAAGAGAAUCCCAAAGAUUCGUAUAGAGACCAGACAAGCAGAGUCAUUGGUUGGCCAGAGGAUCAUUGUACAAAUAGACUCAUGGCCAAGGAAUUCAAGAUACCCCCAGGGUCACUUUGUGCGUAAGCUGGGAGCUAUUGGGGAUAAAGAGACAGAGAAUCAAGUUUUACUGCUGGAACAUGAUGUCCCUCAUUCCAAAUUCUCAGAGAAUGUAUUGCGAUGUCUUCCUAGUGUACCAUGGACCAUUACUGAACAGGAUUUGAAAUACAGGGAGGACUUGAGACAUAUCACAGUAUGCAGCGUUGACCCUCCUGGCUGCACAGAUAUUGAUGACGCCCUUCAUUGUAGGAAUCUGGACAAUGGAAACUUGGAGGUGGGUGUCCAUAUAGCUGAUGUGAGUCACUUUAUUCGUCCCAACACUGCCAUAGAUGAUGAGGCCUCAAAUAGAGGGACAACUGUAUACCUGGUAGACAAGAGAAUAGACAUGGUGCCAGAGCUGCUCAGUUCAAACUUGUGUUCAUUGAGAGAUGAUGGUGACAGACUGGCAUUCUCUGUGUUGUGGGAGAUGACAAAUGAUGCUAAGAUUGUUAAUACGAGGUUCACAAAGUCCUGCAUCAGAUCCAAGGCUUCUUUAACAUAUGCCCAGGCACAGCUGAUCAUAGAUGAAACAUCUAGGAAUGAUGAGCUAGCAACUAGUUUACGAGGAUUGAAUAGACUAGCAAAAAUACUGAAACAGGGCAGAAUAGAUAAAGGUGCUUUAGUCCUGGCAUCAACAGAGAUAAGAUUCCACAUUGACAGUGAAACACACGAUCCAAUAGAUGUCGAGACAAAACAACUCCGCGACACAAACUCCAUGGUUGAGGAGUUCAUGUUGUUAGCUAAUAUUUCUGUGGCAGAGAAAAUCAAAGAAGAUUUUCCUAAUUGUGCAGUACUGAGACGUCAUCCUUCCCCGCCUCCUUCUAACUUUGACCCUCUGAUCAAAGCUGCUCAAUCCAAGGGCUUCCAAAUGGACAUCAACUCAGGGAAGGCCCUCCAAGUUUCUCUGAAUGAAGCUGUCAUCCCUGACAACCCUUAUUUCAACACUAUGCUGCGUAUCCUCACUACAAGGUGUAUGAUGCAGGCCCUGUACUUCUGCAGUGGCAUGGUGCCCGAGUCUGACUUUGGGCAUUAUGGUCUCGCUGCUCCAAUCUAUACACAUUUUACAUCACCUAUUAGAAGAUAUUCUGAUAUCUUGGCACAUAGACUCUUGGCUGUGGCUAUAGGACAGGAUGCUUCAUAUGCGGAUCUCCUGAACAAAAAGAAAACACACUCCUGUUGCGACAAUCUCAAUUAUAGACAUAGAAUGGCUCAAUAUGCUGGUAGGGCCUCAGUGGCCUUACAUACACAGUUGUUCUUCAAGAAAAGGACGGUUGAUGAAGAAGCAUAUGUGCUGUUCGUAAGAAAGAACGCUGUUCAGGUUCUCAUACCCAAAUAUGGACUUGAAGGGACAUUGUACGUCAGUAAAUCAGGGGAGAAGAGCGAGUUUGAAUUCAAUGAGGAGAAUUUCACACAGACGGCUCAUGGUGUUACCCUUCAUACAUUUGACCCUCUCAUAGUUCAGCUCAGUAUUGAUGCUUCCAAUGUGCAACACCAAAAGCUAAGCAUCAAACUUGUGAAGCCAGUUAUUCCUGGCUUUAGUGUUGACCCUGCUCCCACAGAGAUGCAAGUAGAAGAUGGACCAAAACAAAAGAAACUGAAGAAAAUUUGAGUGCUAGGCAUACUUCAAACGUACUAUUUCCUCAAAAAACAAACUGCAUCCACUGGACCAUACAAUGUCUAAUGUCCAAUUAAACUGUCAUUACAAAUUAAGACAAAUUGGAAAAAUGGACAUUACAAUUUUCAUGUCACAUAUUGCUCUGAGAUGAAUAUUUCAGUUCUCUAAAUAAUAAAAGAUCUAAUUUUAUUAGAAAACUACAGCCUUAUAGUU